AAACGGCGAGAGGGUCGUGUCUUGCAAUCUCGCUAUAUACAAGGCUACCCGCUCAGAUGCACGUCAGCAAUGGGAACGCUUUCCCGGCAAGUCAGUCGAAGCCUUUUAACCAGCUCUCGUGCCACCCAUCAUAGUACUACCGGGAGAUCAAGCUGAAUUCAGCGAGCAAUAGAUCAUGGAAAACGAAUCCAUACAAACAAGAGAAGAGAUCCUGGCAGCUCAGGUCUUCCAUAUUCCAAUCCUUCGUUCGCUCAUCCUAUCAUACUCGGACAAGUCCACUCUAGCUCGCUGCUCCGCUCUCAGCCGAGAAUUGCACCGGGACGCUGUCGAAUGGUUAUAUCGAGAGGUUGACGACAACAUGGAUCUUCACUUGUCGCGGAGCUUCUGCGAUAUGCAUCGAUGGAAAACCUAUCAUCGGGCCGUCCGACACCUGCUUUGCGUUAAACCAAAGUCGUCUUGGUCAUCGUGGAUCGCACACCUAGAUCGCACGCAGAGAAUCGCCGCUUGGUAUCCCCAGCUGGAGACCGUACAGCUUGGGGUAUCAAUACCUUCGCAGAGCGGGGAGGAAGAAGCUUGGCUCACACUACGUAGACCGAAUACCAGCGAGUUGAUGACAUGGAUUGUAGAAGCAUGCCGCCUCUCAUCGCUCUCCGCCGCCCAGCUGGUCUUGCCUUGGGACACAGACGAGAUCAACUGGAAGUGGGCUUGCCGAUUUAUACUGGUCGGUCCCGAGCAUCUACCAUCACGCCAAGGGUCCCGCAAUCCCUCCAAUCAAGCGGAACCCACGGCGGAGGAGAUGACGCUCUUUGAGCAGCUCGACCUGACUAGCGUCCAAGAGCUCAGGUUAUCCGGCUUCUGCAUGGACGGGGAGGACCUCUUGAGGCUCGCAAUCAAGACGCCUCGUUUACAGAAGCUGGAAUUCUAUGGCGGUUCGACCGAAAUCCAAGAACCCCUCGGACAUCUCUCAGAGUUCGACUAUACCAACGGCCUAUUCGCUGCCAAGCUUACCAAGCAAUGCCUCGAGCUGAAGGAGUUGACAUGGUACCAGUGUACAGAACAUCAUUGCGAUGCUUUCGUGCUCGGCUGUGUCCAGGCGGGGUUAGGCGGGCUGGAGAGUCUGUGUGUACCGUGGUACGACAUGCUUUCUUCAACCGGGACCGUCGAGAGCCGCCAGAAUUCGGCUAGAUGGCUUCAUACCCUCUCCAGCUCUGGCGUUCCCUGGAAACCCGCGCACGGCAAUCUGAGAAAGGUCAGGUUGGAAAUGCAUCCCGAAGACGCGAGGUUGUCGAAUCCUUUCGACCUAGCCGUCUGCCUCCUCCUCGACUUUGAGAUCGAUUGCACGGUCGAACUAGGGUUCCGUCCUUCGAGACAUCAUCCUGACAUGAAAGGAUCCCGGACGGACAGUGGACCAGCGCGGGCGUUGUCGGGGCUCGAGGCACAUAACCUUGCCAUCCUCAAGUCGGCACUGGAGAUCCGCCAGAUCCUGAUCACGUCGAUGCCUUCUCGCCCGGUGGGGUUCAGUCAUGCACCUCGGAUAGAAAGGAAUCAGGCAGAGACGACUUGCGAUGCAUGGCGUAUGAACUUUUAGGCGCGAACGACUGUACCGACUUGUCCGGUUGUAAAAUGUAGAUAGGUUGUGAUGAUACAUUUGUGCUGAAUCCGAGCAUGUGUAUGCUUACAUUAUCCUUGCAUUGCUUGAUCACCGCAUUUGAUCUGUCUGAGCACAA